AAAGGGCUCUUGCUCUGGACGUAUGUUUGGUAUCGUAAAUGCUAGUUCGCUCAUUGAAGAACUGUCGAAAGUUAAUCAGUUCCCCGGCAUAACCUAUUGUUCGGAGCUUUCGGGUUUGGACUGUGGACUUCCAUCGUCGGGAUGUCUAUUGUAUCGCGUUUAUAAUGAAGCCAUAGAUAAUCGUAUGUAUGAACUUCAAUUCGAAAUUGAUCGAUCGCAAGGGAGAAGCCGCUCCUUUCGGUUAUCGAUUCAUCUGAACACACAGAAAAGUGUCUUCGACAAUACAGUUUCCGUAACAAGCACAUCCAUCCCACCAAUUCCUUUCUUACAUUCGCAUUAUAUAUAA